UUUCAGUUAGUUCCAGUUGGACCGCGCUUUCGUACGGACGCGUAAAACCGGCAGCCCUUUAGUACUGUGUUUUUUGUGUCUUCUGUCGUGUAUAGUGUGAGUAAUUGUUGCAGCACAGAGACGCAUACAAGCGCAGUUGUUGAAAGUGUUCUGAAUGCUGCUGCUACUGCUGUUCCAGUUAUUUCAACGCUUGAUCAUUUUCAAUUCAAGUGGGUUUUUUAGAUUCUUUCGUGGUGCACUUUCUCGAUAUUUCACGGUUAGUGAAGGAUAAUUUUGUGAUAGUAACUUGGUUUUCUAGUUAAAUGGUUGCUCGAGUGUGAAGAAAACUGAAAAUACGCUUGCUAUGAUCGAGUGAAAGAUAACGUUUCAGCCGUAAAAAACUGUUUCGUAUUAUGAACGGCCGUAAUUGACCAAAGAGAUUAUUGACUUGGACGGGGGAUUGUUUGAUAAACGGAUGGAAUCGAUGCUCGUGGUCCGGUUCGGCUUCGAAGAAGAGCCCGCAGCGAAGUUACUUUUUUGCAAUUCAUAAGAAAUAAGUGAUUCGUUGAAAACAGCAAAAAAAAGUUCGUUCGAAAGUAAAUACGUGUGAAGUUGAACCAGCAGAAAAGUGUGUGUAUACGAAUAAUAGAUAAGUUUGAAUAGGAGUGUGGAAUCGAGUGUUCCGUAAUUAUCCGGCCGGAAUCGGCUCUAAUUUGUUGGAAAAGUGAAAUAAGAUCUCCCCGAACUUCCGAGAUAAAAAUCGCUCAACAGUCCGCAGUAUCCAGAAAGCCAAACGCCGCUGCACAGUGACAACUGAUUAGCUUGCUGAUUGUGUUCGCGAUCCGCGCGAGGUUUUCGUGUCGGUGGACAGCCAUAAAACACGUAACACCUGUCAUCCAGCCAACCGUCGUCGUAUAGAUAAAAGCCGAAUUCGGCUCUCUAGCUCUCGUGAACAGAAUCAACAAUUUGCCUCGAAACGCGCGUUCGAUUCGGAAAGUCGCCGUCGCGAGUGUUGUUGUGUGCUUCUGUGUAUCUAUUCUCCGGAGCCGGCCGGUUUACCGGUUGAUGCUUUCCACCCGGUGUGCGUGUUAGAACAAAAAGAUGGAUGACGGAUUAUCCACCGCCGGGUUUGCGGCUGUUAGUUAUUGUACGACGGCGCCGUUAAUUUAACGCGCGAUUUCGAUUGUGGUUCCGCGAGCGUCGUGUCUCGUGGUGAGUGAAAAUUAAAACCAAACGUGGUGCAUUCCAGAAAGUGUGUACCGUCGUCGCCUUGACCUCGCUGCUUUUCGGUGAACCGCCGGCGGUUGUGGUCCCUACGGAAGUGGAACUAGGACAGGUGGUUCAAAAUUUUGAAGUUCAAAAAAACUCGUUACAAAAUGGCAGAGAAUGCCGCCAAAGGUGCUGUUAUCGGUGGAGGUGCAGGAGCCGGAAACGACGGUGAUGACCCACCGCGGAGAAAUAUGAACGGGAAUCGGUCGGCUCGGUUUGCGUCCGAGGGAAACGCCAUCGGCAAGAAAGGUCUGUCCGUGCACAAGAAGAGCCUGGAUUCGUCGGGUGAUGAUGAGGCUAAACUGCUCCUGCAACAACAGCAACAGCAACAGCAGCAUCACCAUCAUCAUCCUCAACAGGUCCAUCAUAAAGUGCCGCAGGUAGUGAAAGGGUUGGGUGUAACGGAUAUAGGGGUUGAUAGUGGGGCGGUCGUUGCCCUGCCGGAGGGUGAGAACGGUGAUUUGAAGGGUCAGGAUGGAUCUGUCGGAGUUUCCGUUAUAGAUAUGGCGGACACUGGAAUGCAGGCGCACAAACCGAGCAAGAGCAAAAAUAAAAAUGUGUUCAGUUCUGCAUAUUCCCGCUUGCUAGCGACGUUCGAGGUUUCUAAGAAAUCUGAACGUCCGUUCGUUUUGUUUAUCCUGCUGAUCCUGCUGCUGCUGUUGACGGUCAUCCUGUUAGCCGUUUUUUGGCCCAGAUUGCCCGGUUAUCUCACCAAGGAAGUUUGUUUGGAGGCAGAAUGUUUGGAGGCCAGCAAACAGCUACUGUCCUGGGCCAAACCGGAAGAGAACGUUUGCCACUUGCCAUUCGAGUGGGCUUGUGGGCGUUUCGAGGAAAAGUAUAACGGCCACAGUUUCUACGGGGUUAACGAUGGGGAGUGGAAUUUCGCCGCACAUCAGGAUUACGAAGACACCGCCGCCGCCUAUGAAUUCAUUUCCAAACUGCCAUCGGUGGCAAUGUCCUACUCGACACAGUCCAUGAUCAAAAAGCUGCAUUCCACCUGCACCACGGUGGAGACGGUCAGCAUCACCGAGGCGCUGAUCUCGUUGAAGCGGGCAAUGAACCAUCUAGGUGGCUGGCGAAUGCUGCUGGGGAACAACAAUCCCCACUGGGACCUGCGGGAGAACCUGCAGAAGGUACAGCCCAAGUAUGGGGCGGCCCCGUUCUUCAAGCUUGGCGUGGACUGCCGCAACGCGCCCCCUUACGACUAUAUCAUCACAGUCAGCGAGGGUGAUCUUGGCCUGCCGAGCAAGGAGUUUUACACCCUGGACGAACGACAUCCGAUCAUCCAUGCCUAUCACACCUACCUGAAGGACAUCCUGGCCCAUCUGAUAGCGUCGUCCACCAUCAAGUCGCAGGAGUACGCCAAGAUGAUCUUCAACUACGAGCGCCGCAUAGCGCUCGAUUUGAUGAGCGUCCUGCGAGAACCGAACGGGAAUGCGUCGCGUCCGCAGAUUCGCACCCUGCAGCAGCUGGCCGAUGAAGCGCCUUCGCUACCAAUUCUGCAGACGGCACAAGCCAUGUUCAAGAAAAAGAUCACCGAGAAAACACAGGUCCUGGUGAAGAAUCCGGUGGUGCUGAAGAUGAUUUCCCAGAUAAUAACCACCACCGAUAAGGAGAUCCUGAACAACUUUGUGAUGUGGUCGGUGACGCGGCAUCUCGUCCCGUACAUGUCCCCCGAAUUCCGCCACUCGAUGCAAGCCUUCGAGAAAGCUCUGUACGGUGUCCAGUCGAAGGAACCGAUAUGGCACUUCUGCACCAAGGUGGUGCAGCAAUGGAUGCCCUACGGAUUGGAAGCACUGCGGGAGAAUUCGAAGCUAAUUGUACAGGAUCAACCCGAUCGACACUACGCCGAGUCUCAUAUGGCACCACCGGAAGUCGAUCCGUACCGCAGUUCGCAGCUGGUAACCGACGGUAGCGACCGGAUUCGGUACGAUGACGAACUGGUGAAGAUGAUGUUCUACCACAUUCGAGACGAGUACAAAUCGGCGAUUAUUAACACGAACUGGGUUAACGAGAAACUGACCAAGUUUGUGACCGACAAACUCUCGAUGAUGCGCGUUCAGAUUGGCAUCCCGGAGGAGCUGAUGAAGAGCGAGAAGAUGGUGAACGAUUACUACAACGAGCUUGUGCUGGACGAGUUGGUGUUCGUGGAUGGCGUUAUUAGUCAGUGGGGCUUCGCGAAGCUGGCAAUGGAUCGCAUGCUGGGCAAUCUGACGGAGAGUGAGCGGAUUGUGUCGGAACUGUUUCCACCUGUUCCGUUCGGGAUACGCCGGGAUCCGGUGCCACAUAUGAAGUAUUCGAUCGGUCUCAAUAUGCUGAUUAUUUCAAGGGAGAAAACUCGGGAGCCGUUCUUUCACCACAAAUAUCCACUAGCUGUCAAUUUCGCCCGUCUGGGAGCGGACAUUUCUUUGGUGAUCCACGAUACCAUUAACACUCUGACGGAACAGUUCCGGGACACCGAAACCAACCAACCCGCGCACAUUCUCGAGAAUGUGUUUGACGAGGAAGCCCAACAGUGUAUAUCGAAGGUACUUCCGCAUUCGUUCAACCCAUCACGAAUCUCGAACGACAGCAAAUUGCACCUCUAUCUGGAACUAUCGGCAAGUAGUUUACUGACACAAGCGUUCGGAACGCUGCUGGACAAAAUCGAUCGAAACGAACGGAUAUUCGAGAGUGCGAUUUCAGAGAAGACGACAUACGAUGUGCUCGGACUGCGGCACUGGCGUCGCCAGGCCGGUUUGCGGCGGUACGAUCAGCAGCAACUUUUCACGUUAGCCUACAUGCAGCGACAUUGUGCGGUUCCGGACAGCGGAGCGGUACGACUGAGCAAGCUGCUAACUAACAGUAACAUUCCCGAGAUGGAGAAGUUUAAUCUCCUGUGGCGCCAGGUGCCGUCACUAGCUGCUAGCAUGGACUGCAGUAGCAGCAGUAUUGGCGGUGGCGAUGGCUACGAAAAUAGCCACUGCAGUCGUAUUCUUUGAUUAGUCCAACGACCGCCGCAGUCAGCUUCAGUUGCUGCUGCUGAUCCUGUCAGCAAGCGUACCGCCAAUCGCAAGCGCAAAAAGCUCCCACCUACGUACUCCUACUAUGAUCCGGCUUUUACGUAUCCAUACUACAGCGGUGCUGGUGGUGGAGUCCAGCAGUUUCCGCCAGCACCAUUCUAUACCAGUGGUGGAAGCAGCGGCACGGUUCGGAUGUAUCCGCCUGUGGGUGGAGAGUCUUAUGGACCAGGAGCUACUAGCAGCAGUAGUGGUAGUAGUAGUAGCAGCAGCAACAGCGGUGAUAUCGUUUAUCCUAGAAUCGAUGUUAAUAGUAUAUUCUUCUGAGUCUGACAAUGUUCCGGAACGAGUGGUGCGUGAAAGAGAGAAAGGUAAGCGUAGAGUGUGUUUCGAGGGAGAAGAGAAAGAGAAAAACAAACUAUUUUCUUAAGCUAGUUUCUACUAAUUCUUCUGCCCGAGUCUCCAUUUUAAUUUGAACAGAGAUCUGCAAAUGUCAACGAUUUUAAUUUCUUCGACGAAUUUUCGAGCUAUCUCGAAAUUAAACAUAAAUUGUCCAUAUUUUAUUUGGAGCUUGUAAAAAAACAAAAAUAAACCAAUAAAUCUACUUAACACUCAAUCGGCAGAGGAGAAAGUUUCCGAACACACAAUCAUAGGUUUAAGUGCUACUAUACUAAGGAUUCUCAAUCAGCACCGACCCCACGACAAAAGUAUAAGAAGCCAACCGAGUCCAACAACAAUGUGAUUUCAGUUCACUGCAAAUUGAAAAGAAAAAAAAAGCAAAAUAUUUAUCGUUAGGAACGUGCGAAUAUUUAUGAUUGCAAACUGCAAAACCGUAAUCAAAAAUACCGUUUUUUCUAUGCAAAAGUUAGUUACAGCAGCCAACCACUGAAGCGACGUAUAUUUAUGUUCGUAAAAGAUUUUACGAUUGUUCCGAAGGGAAGAAGAAGUUCAAGUUUGCCGCCACUAGGUAGAUGUUAUACAGGCCUUUGAUGACACUCACUCUCUCGUCGUCGUCGUCAUCGUUGAUCAAUUAAAGCCGCUCCCGCGUUCGAUUCGUAAUGUAAACGCGUCUAUAGUUAGAGGAUUGAAUGAAUGAAUGAAAGAAAGUAAUCCACUGUGCGAUGCCAUCAUCGCGCGAGAUUCCAGCAUAUACGCGACAAAUGAUAAUAAUAAAUACCGAGAUAAUUUUUGUACAUUA